GGCGCCCCGCCCCUGCGGGCGGCUCCCGGGACUCUUAAGGCGCCCCCGCGCGGCGUCCGGCCUCGGCAGCUGCUUGCAGCUCCGCUGCGCUGCGUCUUCGCGUCCUCGUGCGCGUCCUCGGCCUCCGCACCCGCGCGUUCGCCCGGCCGCGCCAUGGAGGCCUACCAUAAGCCUGACCAGCAGAAGCUGCAGGCCCUGAAGGACACGGCUAACCGCCUGCGCAUCAGCUCCAUCCAGGCCACCACGGCGGCCGGCUCCGGCCACCCCACAUCAUGCUGCAGCGCCGCCGAGAUCAUGGCUGUCCUCUUUUUCCACGCCAUGCGCUACAAGGCCAUGGAUCCCCGGAACCCGCACAACGACCGCUUUGUGCUCUCCAAGGGCCACGCAGCGCCCAUCCUGUAUGCCGUCUGGGCUGAAGCCGGCUUCCUGCCCGAGGCAGAGCUGCUGAACCUGAGAAAGAUCAGCUCCGACUUGGACGGGCACCCUGUCCCAAAACAAGCUUUCACUGACGUGGCCACUGGCUCCCUUGGCCAAGGCCUCGGAGCCGCUUGUGGGAUGGCCUACACGGGCAAAUACUUCGACAAAGCCAGCUACCGCGUCUAUUGCUUGCUGGGAGACGGGGAGCUGUCAGAGGGCUCCGUGUGGGAGGCCAUGGCCUUCGCGAGCAUCUACAAGCUGGACAACCUCGUCGCCAUUCUUGAUAUCAACCGCCUGGGCCAGAGCGACCCCGCCCCGCUGCAGCACCAGAUGGACGUCUACCAGAAGCGCUGCGAGGCCUUCGGCUGGCAUGCCGUUAUCGUCGACGGACACAGCGUGGAGGAGUUGUGCAAGGCCUUCGGGCAGGUUAAGAACCAGCCAAUGGCCGUCAUUGCCAAGACCUUCAAGGGCCGAGGCAUCACAGGGGUGGAAGAUAAGGAGUCUUGGCAUGGGAAGCCCCUCCCCCAAAACAUGGCUGAUCAGGUCAUCCAGGAAAUCUACAGCCAGAUCCAGAGCAAAAAGAAGAUUCUGGCGACUCCCCCGCAGGAGGACGCCCCCUCAGUGGACGUCACCAACAUCCGCAUGCCCACCCCGCCCAGCUACAAAGUUGGGGACAAGAUAGCCACCCGCAAGGCCUACGGGCAGGCCCUGGCCAAGCUGGGCCACGCUAGCGACCGCAUCAUCGCCCUGGAUGGGGACACCAAGAAUUCUACCUUCUCAGAAUUCUUCAAAAAGGAGCACCCAGACCGCUUCAUCGAGUGCUACAUUGCCGAGCAGAACAUGGUGAGCGUUGCCGUGGGCUGUGCCACACGUCACAGGACGGUGCCCUUCUGUAGCACCUUCGCAGCUUUCUUUACACGGGCCUUCGACCAGAUUCGCAUGGCGGCCAUCUCCGAGAGCAACAUCAACCUCUGCGGCUCCCACUGCGGCGUGUCCAUCGGGGAAGAUGGGCCCUCCCAGAUGGCCCUGGAAGAUCUGGCCAUGUUUCGGUCUGUCCCCAUGUCAACUGUCUUCUACCCAAGCGAUGGGGUGUCUACGGAGAAGGCAGUGGAAUUAGCAGCCAGUACAAAGGGCAUCUGCUUCAUCCGGACCAGCCGCCCAGAAAACGCCAUCAUCUACAACAACAACGAGGAUUUCCAAGUUGGACAAGCCAAGGUGGUCCUGAAGAGCAAGGAGGACCAGGUGACUGUGAUCGGGGCUGGGGUGACUCUGCACGAGGCCUUGGCCGCUGCUGACCUGCUGAAGAAAGAGAAGAUCAACAUUCGCGUGUUGGACCCUUUCACCAUCAAGCCCCUGGACAAGAAGCUCAUUCUCGACAGUGCCCGUGCUACCAAGGGCAGGAUCCUCACCGUGGAGGACCACUACUACGAAGGUGGCAUAGGUGAGGCAGUGGCUUCGGCAGUAGUGGGCGAGCCUGGUGUCACUGUCACUCGCUUGGCUGUCAGCCAGGUGCCAAGAAGUGGGAAACCAGCGGAGCUGCUGAAGAUGUUCGGCAUUGACAGGGAUGCCAUCGUGCAAGCCGUGCGGGGCCUGCUCACCAAGGCCUAGGGCAGGCCGUGGGGUACAGCGUGAGAGUUCGUUCUACACAUUCCGAAGAUCCUGGCAAAGGUGUUUAAAGAUGUCCUGAGAGGAGUCAUAAAUAUGUUUUGAGAAAAAUGAA